AUGCACGAAAUCAACGAAAAAGGCCAUCUUAGGGUCAAAACAGUCUUGAUGGUUUUGACCAUGUCCAUGGCUUCAGCAUCCAUGGGCAUGACAGCCUCAGUGAUCAGCACCACCCUAGGACAACCAUCGUUCAUUGUCAAGAUGGGCCUUAACGGUCCGAAUGGCGCCUCGCUGACUGGGGCGGUGACCAGCCUGUACUAUGUUGGGGCGACCUGGGGGGCUUUUGUGCACGGCUGGUUUGCAAAUCGAUAUGGGCGUAAGCCGUCCAUAAUAUUUGCCGUCUGCGUGAUUGUCGUUUCGCAGGCACUGCUUACUGGAGCUGUGAAUGUGGCCAUGUUCAUUGUAUUUCGUUUCUUUUUGGGCUGGGGUGGCUUUCAAGCUAUAUGUGGCGUUCCUCUUUGGAUCAGCGAAAUUGUUCCACCACGUCAUCGUGGCAAGCUCUCCGAUAUCCACGCAGUCAUGAUCAAUAUCGGCUAUUCGAUAAUCGGUUUUGUCGGAGUUGGCUUUUAUUACUACGACUCCCCUGACGCAUGGCGUGCUCCACUUGGGAUCGCCAUUCUUCCUGAGAUCAUCUUCCUGGUUGGCUGCUGGUGGCUCCCAGAAAGCCCGCGAUAUCUCAUUGCUCGGGACCAGUCUGCGAAAGCGUGGAAGAUUCUGCGUGCGCUCCAUGCGGACCAAAACGACCCUACCGAUGAAUUUGCUAAACGUGAAUUCUACCAGAUUCACGAGCAGAUACAGUUUGAUCGAAGUCAAGAUACUAGCUGGAAAUUGAUACUGACGCGACCAUCGUAUCGGAAGCGCGCAUUGAUCUCUGCCAUGCUCAGUUUUUCCAUUAUGAGCGCGGGCCUGAUCGUGAUUCAGAACUACGGUGUCACCCUGUAUGCUGAACUAGGCUAUACGGGUGUGGAUACUUUGUUGCUUCAAUCAGGCUAUACCCUAACGUUGUGUUGUUGCAGCAUCAUCGCCAUAUCUUUCGUCGACAAGGUCUCGCGCCGCAACUUAAUGGGGACUGGUUUCGCCCUCCAGUGUGUCUGCCUCAUAAUAUACACUGCACUCGUCGCAAAUUUCCUGACCGGGGCCAACAAGUCUGCACAGGCGGCCGCCGUGGCAUUCAUCUACCUUUUUGGCUGCAGCUUCGAAUUGUGCCUCGACGGUCCAGAAUUUUUUUACAUUCAGGAAAUCUGGCCAAGCCACUUACGUGCGCAGGGCGGCGCAAUCGCUUUCAUGGUUUACAACGCCAUCAACAUCUGCUGGUUGCAGGCUGCCCCCACGGCAUUUGAAAAUAUCGGUUGGAAAUUCUUCAUUAUAUUCAUCAUAUUCGCGGCUCUGGGCUCUAUCAUGGUUUUUCUCUUCUUCCCAGACACACUGCACAAGCCAAUGGAGGAAAUCGCAGACAUGUUUGGCGACCAGGACUUGGUUGUUGUCCAUCAAAAUGCUAUCACGAGCGAGUUGUUGGAUGCGAGAUUCUGGGAAGUGAUGGGCGAUGGAACGGAUAAUUUGCACACUACCUCUAUUUCAGUGCAGGAGACCAAGAGUACCGGCGAUGAGGCAGCAAUGCAUUCAGAGAGGCUACCUGUGUAG